AUGGCUCCCCAGCAGCCGCGGUCGCCGCUGGACAGCAUCAAUAAAGACAUUUUCCAAGGCCCGCCCAUGCCGCUGCAGUACACCAGCCCUGUGGCCGCGUACCAGCGUCAGAGCCUUCCGCUCAAUCUCGUCGCCUUGAUAUUGUCAUAUAUCGAUGACAUUGCCGACCUCGCGCGCGUGACGCGCACCUCGCGGCUGCUCUACUACAUGACGCUGCCGCGCCUCUACGAGAAGGUGACGCUGCGGUCGUACAGCGAGCUGCGCUACAUGGACAAUGGCCGGCCCGAGGGCUACGGCAGCGGCAGCCCCUUCGCCAUGGGCCUGAAUGGCCUCGUCACCAAGAACGUCGCCCAGUACGUGCGCAGCUGGCGGCUGGCCGGCGAUUGGCGCGAGAGCGACGUCGACGACUUCUCCCGCGGCCGCGUGCCCGACAAUUCGAUGAUGCUGAAUAUCGCCGUGCGCGCCGCUAUGGAUAGGAUGGAGAGGAUGCAGAAUUUUGCCUGGGAGCUCAACACCAAGCCGCUCCAAACGAUAUACCAGGGUCUGCUCGCGUGCGGCACCCUGCAGUCCCUGACUCUGAAAUUUCCCAGCACUCGUAUUCCCCGCCCUACCGUUGUGAUACCCCCGCUCCCCAACCUCCGCGAGUUCACGGCCCUCGACAUCGACCCGCUGUGCUACCCAGAUGACAUUUCGGUCCUGCUCGCGCACUCCAAAAAGCUUGACUCGUUACACCUGCACUUUAGCCCGCGCAUGCGCGAUGCGGGCGAGGAAAGUACCAACCUCAAUGCCUAUUUUGGGCGAUGCAUCGCCAACAAGCAGCCGCUACGGCUGAAGCGCUACUCGAUGAUUAACCUGUACACGCGCGCGACCAAUGUCGACCUAGACGAGCUGAUCGACGUCGACGUGCUGGAGGAGAUCAACUUCAUCAACUGCAACACGCAGGACGCCAUCACCGUCUUCAUCGACGACACGUGGCGCCUGUUCGAGCCGCAGAAGAUCCCCAAGAACCUCAAGUCCAUGCGCGGCGACGUGCUCGACGCAAAGCAGGCCACCAUCAUGGCCCAGCUCAAAGGCCUCGAACGCCUCUACAUCGUCAACGCCCGCCGCAAGCCCGCCCGCACCACCUCCAACGGCGUCUCCCCCGCCGCCAACAACAACAGCAGCACCUCCGGCAACCUCUUCACCAACGGCUUCCCCGACCCCACCGGCUCCGGCACCUCCCACAACUCGCCCUUCGGCAACGGCGGCGGCGGCGGCGGCGGCGGCCCGCCGCAGCCCGGCACGCCCAUGAGCCGCGAGUCCGCGACCGUUGCCGGCGACUACCUGGCGGCCAUCACGCGGCACCUGGGCACGACGCUGCGCCACCUGCUGCUGAGCGACCAGUGGCUGCUGGGCGGCGACGUGCUGAUGCAGCUCGGGCGGGCGUGCCCGAACCUGGAACAGCUGGGCGUCGCGCUGGAAGAGAAGAACCCGGAGAACAUGCGGCAGCUGCUGCGGGGGUUGCCGCGCCUGUGGGCGCUCCGCAUCCUCAUCCGCGCCACGACGCAGGAGCUCGAGCUCAUGCAGAGCAUCUCGGGGAACCUGCACGAGCAGGUCAUUUCGUUCGAGCUGCGGCGCCGCGAGUGGGAUCACCUCAAGUGGUUGGGGAUAGGCGAUAUGGUGUUUCUUUGCGGCGGCGUCAGAGAGGUGCCUGGCGGCCCGCCGGCGAAUACGCCGAAGAGUCCGGCGGAUCCGACGAUGGGGGAGGAGUUGGGCGUCAGGCGGAUUGUGAAGAAGGUGGGGAAGGAGGCGGUGAAGGAUGUGGAGAUUUGGAAGAUGGAUAGUUUGGAUGUGAUAUGA